UGACACAGAAGAAGAUAAAGUCUUGCGCUUUCCUCUUAACCUUCUGGGUUGUUCAAACCUUAAACUUUCUAACCUUCCCUCGCCGCCUUUGGUUUGACGCAGAAUCCGCACGACGGGAAGCCAGAGCCUCGUGAACCGGCCGCCGAAGGGCGUGUGAUGAGGAGCGAGGCCGCUGCGCCGCGCCGCGCCGCGCUGCGCCGGUUCCUGUCCAGCCACAUCCAGUUCUAGGGGAAGGGGAAACCAGAGAGAUGGACAACGGAUGGUAUGUGUUGGAUCAGUGAGAGGCUGUGGUGGCCUCCCCAGCAGUUGUCAACACGGCGGGGGACCUGCGGACCUACGUCUGUAGGGUGGUCAUCUACCUCCAAAGGGACAUGUCUGGGGACAGCUGCCUUCAGCAUGUUCACUCACAAGCUGGCUGCACCUCCCCUGUGCUUCCUUUAGCCUGUUCCAAGACCAAGACCUGCAGCUAUCGCGGAGCAGUAAGCCUGGGGAAUAAGUAUGUCCGGCUCAACGUCGGGGGGGCCUUGUUUUACACCACCCUGCAGGUGCUGACCAGGCAGAACUCUGUGCUAAAAGCCAUGUUCAGUGGAAAGAAGGAAGUUUUCACUGACAGAGAUGGAUGGAUUCUGAUAGACCGCAGCGGAAAACACUUUGGUAGCAUCCUGUGCUACUUGCGGGAGGGAACUGUCACCUUGCCCAAAGGCCAGCAGGCUGUCCUGGAGUUGCUGGCAGAGGCCAAGUAUUACCACAUCCCAGGCUUGGUUGAGCUCUGCCAAAACAGCCUGCAAGCACUACGGUUUCCUCCCACUGUCCAAAGAAAUGCUUUUUGGGUGGAUUUGAGACUUGAAGAGGACAGUAAGGAGCAGGCUGUAUGUGUAAUACCCGUUAUCACUUCAGUUAAGGAGGAGGAGAGGCUCAUCCACACUUGUGCCAAGCCUGUGGUGAAGCUGGUGUACAACAGAAGCAAUAACAAGUACUCCUACACAAGCAACUCUGAUGACAACCUGCUGAAGAACAUCGAGCUGUUUGACAGGCUGUCUCUGAGCUACAAUGGACGCAUCCUCUUCAUCAAGGACGUGAUCGGUGAUGAAAUCUGCUGCUGGUCUUUCUACGGGCAGGGUCGCAAGUUGGCUGAAGUCUGCUGCACCUCUAUAGUCUAUGCUACCGAAAAGAAGCACACUAAGGUGGAGUUUCCUGAUGCACGCAUCUAUGAGGAGACUCUGAAUGCCCUGCUGUACGAAACGGUGCCUCUUCCUGAUAACAUGCUGCUGGAGGCCACCCGCCGGUGCCAGAGUCAGUGCGGCUCCCACAGUGAGGAAGAAGAGGGGCCAGAGCUUCGUGAGCGCGUUCGCCGUAUCCAUGUCAAGAGGUACAGCACCUAUGAUGACCGACCCCUGGGACACUAAGGCCACACCAUCCACACACUACGUCCUGCUACCCUGCAGCGGCACGUAUCGCACAGCAUCUGCUCAGAAGCGCCACUCGUGCACAAAGUGGUGGACAGACUACGACUUUCCAGAUGUCCAACUUUGAUAAUGAACUAUGGACGAUAAAGUUUGUUUAUGCUCAUACAUUUUCUUAUUCUUUUUUUUUUUGCCACAACUCUUUUUACCACUUUUUUCCAUAAAGUUUAAACUGUGGCCUUAAUAUAUCUGAUUUUUUAAAAUCGUAGGCGUGUUGUCUGCAUUGGCCUUAUGAAUUUGAAAUUUAUGUCAUUUACAGGUUUCAAAUAUUGACAGUAGUGAAUUUUUGAUUCUAAGGUUGAUAUACUUUAGUAGCAAAGAAACAAUCACAGAUAUGAACCACUGUAUCUUAGCAACAUAGCUGUGUUAAAAUGUAGGCAUUCAGUACGAUCGGCCGUAACUGAGCAGGGGAGAAUGUGUCUCCGCUCUUUCAGGUUGGUUUUUGUAUGAUCUAACGCUUCACAGCCGCUCACUGCAGAAUUAAUGAACCGGAAGAACAUGAGCGACAUUUAUUAAGUAUGAGUGUGCGGUUACAUGUUCAUUUGAACCAAGUCUUUAUCAACAAGUUCAUUUUUAACAAGCAAAUGCCUCUAAUAAAAAUGCCUUUUAUUCACCAUGUGGA